CUACACCCAGCCUCGAUAGCAAAUAAAAGUUGCCAAUGUUGAGUUGGCAGUUUGGCAGUCAAGACGCGGCUGCUGCAGCUUGUGACCUCGCUUAGCAUCAUCCUCCUCCAGCCUAUCCUUACAUCUCAACAUUUCGCGUCUUAAAUUUUCGUUUGAAAAAAAUUUAAACUCACUAAAGGGACGAAUGAAGACGCCAUUAUGACACUACGAAAAGUAAACCUGGUGAUUCUGGUGCUCCUGGCUGUGGCCUUCCUUAUUAUUGUUCAGAGAAACCUUCUGAAUCUCAGUGACUUUUUACACAAAGAGAAUCCAGAUUCUGGGGUGGUCCUUCCUUUUGAGGCGGAACUCUCUCAGAACCUGCGUCCGGCUUCAGGGCCCAGAUCUGGAGAUGAGAUUCCAGUUCUUAUCACAGCGGCAGAGGACCGACUGGGCGCCACAGUGACGGCCAUAAACAGCGUCUACUCCAACACUAAAGCCAAUGUGGUGUUCACUAUAAUCACUCUCAACCACACUGUGCAGCACCUCAAAGCGUGGCUCAGUGAAUCAAAGCUAAAAAGCAUUAAACAUAAAAUAGUUAUAUUUGAUCUGGAGUUCCUUAAAGGGAAGAUUUCUCAAGAUUCAAACAGCGUGGAAGCUUCAAAACCAUUGGCUUUUGCAAGAUUCUACCUCCCCCUGUACUUCCCUGAGGCAGAAAAGGCCAUUUAUUUGGACGAUGAUGUUAUUGUACAAGGAGAUAUUCAGGAGCUGUUUGAGACCAAUCUUAAACCAGGACAAGCAGCAGCUUUCUCUGAAGACUGUGAUUCUUCCUCUGCCAAAGGAAUCGUUCGAGGAGCUGGGAAUCAGAAUAACUACAUGGGCUUCCUGGACUUCAGGAAAGAGGCGAUAAAGAAGCUGGGUCUGAGAGCAAACACGUGUUCUUUUAACCCUGGAGUCUUCAUCGCAAAUCUGACAGAAUGGAAAAACCAGAACAUCACAGGACAGCUGCAGCACUGGAUGGAGCUCAACACACAUGAGGACCUGUACAGUAAGACUCUGGGUGACAGUGUGAUCACUCCUCCUCUGCUCAUCGUCUUCUACAAAAGACACGGCGCCAUCGAUCCCAUGUGGCACAUCAGGCAUCUGGGUACGACAGGAGCAGGUAACCGUUACUCGUCUCAGUUCGUUAAAGCCGCCAAACUGCUGCACUGGAACGGCCAUUAUAAACCCUGGGGCCGCGGUGCUGCCUUCACUGACCUCUGGGAUCUGUGGUACAUUCAAGACCCCACUGGAAAAUUCCACCCCAUCAGACGGCAUGAGGACAGAGAAUAAGACCACUAUAAAAAGGACAUCUACACAAGACUUAAAAAUUAAAGUUUUGGGACCUUUUCAACCAAAUGGACCUACUUUGGACCAAAUUUUACCUCAGGAAACACUAACUGUUAAAUUCACAAUACCCUAUCAUGUUCUCAAUUGUAUUUUGCUUUAUUGCCAAAGCCUGACCUCACUUUACCUGUGGACAUUCUAUCUGUAAAUCACGUUAAGAUUUUUAUAGUUUAAAUUUUAGUUGAAAAAAUAUAUUAUGUAAAAUGUUUUGAUUUGAAUUUUGACAUCACAAAAUCAGUCCAGUUACUGUACCUGUAUUUGAAUACAUUUUAACAUGAUUUUGCCUUCAUGUGUAGUAACAGAAAUGGUAGAUAAUAAAACAAUUUUCUAUUUCAUCAAAAUUUUAUUUGGAUAAUUUUCUACACUUCUACAAUUUUAUUUUAUUUUUUCAACUCUGUAAUGACUUUAGCUGCUAGCCUUAGCUUUAUAACCAUUACAUAAAAAAAAAAAGUAUAUAUCUCAAAUAUUUUGUUACAUUAUUUUACUGGUGCUAAAGUUUCACAACUUGUUCUGUCUGCCUUAACCUGAGAUUUUGCCAGUUUUAAUAAUUUUUUAUUGUUUUCGUAUAAGGUGUAAAUAAUGUCAAGUUUUGUAAAUAUACAGAAUAAA